AUGUGCAUGGCAUGCACCGGACAACAAGGACAUCGCCCACAACAAGAAUACCCAAAUAAGAAGGAGAACAACAAGGAGAGCAACAAGGAGAAUAACGAGGAGAAGAAGGAGAACAACGGCCAGCAGGCCUUGCAACAACGCAUGAAGGCAUCAGGUGUCACUGCGAGGGUAGUCGAUGCGUCCUUCUGGUCUUCCGACCGGGCUGUGUGCCAACUCCCUUCAUCAGUGCCUUUGGUGCUCAUCGGUGACGCUCUGGCGGGCAAACCUUUCUACACGGGCUCCACCUUGAACCGACACCUUUGGGACGUGGCGAAGUUGGUGGAGGAGGUGGAAUUUGCCUACGAUGGUGGCCCUUUGGAGCUUUCCCGCUUUGGCAGCUAUGAGCGACGUUACCAGGAUUGCGUGCGGCGCAUUGGCGAGUUCCAGCGAAGGGCAGCGGCGCCCGUGCUCCCAAAGUCCGAUCCACAGUCGAAGUCUGGAUUUGAAAUGGAUCCAGAAUUGGGGGAGGCCAUUACCUCGGAUGACCUCGCUCACAACGUUGAAACGUCAGGACGAGGGCUCACCGAGCCUCAUGAAGUCCUUGAUCCUCCCUGCAUUGGCACGCGCAGCUGCAGCGCACUGACGGUGAGCAGCAUGGUGAAUCGCUUGGCUUGA